UAUUUUCUUGUAAACAUACAUAUUUUUUAUUUGAAUUUUUCCGCACUAUCUUGUGUUAAUAAAUUUGCGUUCCUGUGCGAUUCUGUGUAUGUUAAAAAACAAACAGUAACAUGUCGUGCAAUUUGCCUAAGCCAUUAUUGGAGUAUCAAGCAGAGGAAGAAAUUGAAGUAAAAAGUCUGAUCUCCGAUCCCAACCUUGAAGACUGGCAGAGAGUAUUGAUGUUUGAUUUGUACAAAGCUUCUCAAGUAACUAGUGAGGAUUUGAGUCGGAAAUACACAGACGACGAGGUCAAGGAGUUGUGCCUGCGCACCAAGUGUCGUGUAAGGAUGAACAUGUACAAUUGUGUUUGGGAUGCAAAGAAACGACUGACCAAAAAAGGACGCCUAUCUAAUCGUUCAGAGCGCUUUAUCAAUGAGAUGCUAGCAAAAGCUGUUCGAAUCAGAAUGGUAAUACCAUAUACUGAUGAGGAUGUAGCCAAAUACAACCAUAUAAGUCGAUGUAAUUUGAAAAGGGACAACAACAUUCGGCUGGACCGUUGGCGAUACGAAGAACUCAAUAAUCUUACUGGAGACGUAUUAUGCUCUGCGGGAAAAAAUUCCACGCCAUUAGACUGCGGUAGGGAACAAAUAAUCGAUGAGCAGGAAUUUCAGCAAGGGAACUAUACCCAGAUUCCGCCUGAGCUUAGAGUUGAACCGCAGUUGACCGCAGAGCCUAAAUUUGGAGAAUUUCUAAUUAAUAUGAACUCUGACUCCUUGACUCUAUACACCCAAACGCAGACGGAGUCGCAAAAGCUGACGGACGGAACUUAUUCCCAGGAUUAUGAAAUGUUCAAUUCACAAAUUCCAGCUACGUCGACUCAGUCUCUUCCCUUACCAAAUGCCUUGGUCAGCCCGCCACUUUCGAUGGAGAACGAUGACACACAGGGCAAUUUUUUGUAAAAUAAAAAGCCUCCUAUAUUGAACAUCAAAA